AUGAACCGCUUCAGGUACCUGCUGCUGCUAUGUUUCCUCUCUCCACUUGUGGUGGAUUCCUCUGUUGAUGAAGACGGCUACUUCAUGUUUGCUGACUUUUGCUGUGUUAUGCACUCCAGAAACAAGAAGACAGUGGAGUAUCUGAUCGAUUGGUAUUUUAACAAAGAGUUUACGAUGCAGUACAACAGCACAGUCGGCAAGUGGACGGGUCUCACGCCGGCUGGAUUAAUCACAGCAUCUCAGUUUAAUGAAGACAAAUUUGAUGUUGAGCAGAGAAAAGCAGAGAAACAACUGACUUGUGUCAAUAAUGUUGAUGCAGUAUUCAACGGAGUUCAGGAAAACAUAGCUGCACCCAGCAUGACUCUCCAGGAGGGAGACCACACUUCCAGCCAUGACACAAUACUCGUGUGCAGCGUUUAUGACUUCUACCCCAAACACAUCCUUGUGACUUGGUACCUGAAUGGACAGGAAGUGACUGAGGGUGUGACAAUAAGUGAAGUGAUGACAAAUGGAGACUGGACCUAUCAGGUUCACUCUUAUCUGGAGUGCACACCUAGCCCAAAGGACGGAGUCACCUGUACGGUAGAGCAUGUUAGCCUAAAGGAGCCCAAGAGUUCUUACUGGGACUCUUGCUUGAGACCAUCUGAAAGGAGUUAUCUAGCUGGAGGAGUUUGUGCUUUGCUCUUUGGAGCAUUAACUUUGUGUUUGGGACUGAUCUAUUACAGAAGAAAAACCUCUGAUCCAAAAUUGUCUGGUUCUCUAUAA